CUCACCUGGGCCGCGCUCUAGUGUCCGCCGGCGCCGGGGAGGGCGGCUCCCCCGGCCAAGAUGAAGGACCGGCUGGAGCAGCUGAAGGCUAAGCAGCUGACAGAGGAUGAUGCUGACGAUGAGGUGAUCGCCAUUGACAACACGGCCUUCAUGGAUGAAUUCUUUUCAGAGAUUGAGGAAACACGGCUCAACAUCGACAAGAUCGCAGAGAACGUGGAAGGAGCUAAGAAACUUUACAGCAUCAUCCUCUCAGCACCAAUCCCAGAACCAAAAACAAAGGAUGACCUGGAACAGCUAACGGCGGAUAUUAAGAAAAUGGCCAACAGUGUCCGGAACAAGCUAAAGAACAUGGAGAGGCACAUCGAACAAGAUGAGGUGCGGUCGUCGGCAGAUCUGCGGAUUCGGAAGUCCCAGCACUCGGUCCUCUCCAGGAAGUUUGUGGAAGUGAUGACCAAGUACAAUGAAGCCCAGGUGGACUUCCGAGAACGCAGUAAAGGGCGCAUCCAGAGGCAACUGGAAAUUACCGGCAAGAAAACCACAGACGAGGAACUGGAGGAGAUGCUGGAGAGUGGGAACCCAGCCAUCUUUACUUCUGGGAUCAUUGACUCCCAGAUCUCUAAGCAAGCCCUCAGUGAGAUUGAAGGACGGCACAAGGACAUUGUCCGGCUGGAGAGCAGCAUCAAGGAGCUGCACGACAUGUUUGUGGAUAUCGCCAUGCUGGUGGAAAACCAGGGGGAGAUGAUAGAUAACAUAGAACUGAAUGUGAUGCAUACAGUGGACCACGUGGAGAAGGCUCGCGAUGAGACCAAGAAGGCCGUGAAAUAUCGGAGUCAGGCCCGGAAGAAAAUGGUAAUUAUCAUUAUCAUAGUUGUGGUGGCACUGGGCAUUUUAGCUCUGAUCAUCGGGCUUUCCAUCAGGCUGAAAUAACAGCAGCUCCCAUUGAGUGCUGGCACUGAACUUAGCUCCUCCUUGCCCCUCACCUCCCUGGCCUGCUGCCGAGUCCUGUCAAUCCUCACCGGCCACCUGUGCACUGACCAGCGCCUCCUCCCCUGCUUCUCCCAGAACCUGAUCCUAUCCCAGCCGGAUCCCUGCACCUCUUCCUUUGGACUGGAUGGGAGUUGCCUCUCAAAGAUCUCCGCAGAGUGAGCAGGACACAUGCUUUUGUUCCCUAGUUAACCCCAACUUGGGACUGGGUCACCAUUUCCUGAGCCCAGGAAGUAACUAGCCGGUCCUGAUCCAAGCCUAGAUCUCCUUUUUGGAGUGUCCUGCUAACCCUUUUCCACCUAUGCAAUGCUUCCUUCCCAGGCCUCCUUUUCUGGAAUUGCAACUUGGGAGCCCCCUUCACAAGGCUUCCAGGAUGCUGCUUUCUACCUCAUGGAAUAGUCUUUUCUCAGGAACUGCAAUAACUUUUUCUUUAUUGUCUAUUUCUUGAACAAAUGGUUAAGAACAUUUGGAAAUCAGUCUGCCUCUGCCAUUCUGGGUGAGGAGAGGGCUUAAGCCUCGAUCUCCCCCGGUGGGGGGGUGCUACCAAUGAUCUUUGUGAUGCUCCCUAGAGACCGGGGUUAGAAAGGGAACCGAGGUGAAGAGUGAUAGUAAGAACUGGGCCCUGUAAAAAGGAGUCAGAUUCUGACUCCUUACCCUCUCGGGAAGCCAGCGGGCCUGUGUGGACUUUGGAUUCCUUGGUGGAUACGUACACAUUCUUAUGUGUGGCUGUUUACCAAAGGAGGGACUGGGAUGACGUCAUCUCUGAGGUUGUUUGCCAAGGCUGAGCCCAUCCCUGGCUGUGUUUGGGAGCAGGUAUCUUGGAAACCAGUUGGUGUCUAAUGGAGAAGGUCAAGUGGCUCUCUGCCUAGGGGGCAGCCAGAACUCCAAUGUGUGAAAACUGGUUUAUAGAGGAACUGUAGGAGAGACCUAAUCUUUGGUGAUAUCACAAGGUGAGGUGGGGUCUGGGCUUCUUGUCACUUGUUUCCCCUCUGACAUUCUAGGUGCUAAGGGGUAGUUUCAUUGAUUCUUCGAUUACUAUUCCAGAAGGAAUUGGAGGGGAGGUGGGGGUGGGAGGUGGUAAGAAUUGGGGUUUUUUGGAAGGUGUUCUCUUUUAAGACUCCUCAGCGAUGGACCCCUAACCCUCUGGGGUUGGCAGGGAUGGCCAAUGUUGUCUUUUAGUUGCUUAAAUAUAGGAGAGAGAACGAGAGCGGGAGUGAGAGAGAGAGAGUUUGUGAGUGUGAGAGAGAAAAGAGUGAGUGAGUGUGUAUAUACAUAUAUAUAAAUGUAGCUGAUACUGGAUAUGGAGCUGAUACUGGAUUUAUACCAACAUUAACUGGUUGAUUUCUCACCUGGUCCAUGAAGUUUAUUCUCAAACUUUACCCUUCAUUGACUUAACCCUCAACCUUAAUGACUCCAAGGACGAGCAGGAUCUCCAAUCCAAGCCACUGUCCAAAAAUGCCUUUUCCAGGGUCCACUCUAAGCGCCCUUCAAUGUGUAGACAGAGCCAUGGGGUUACAGCACUGUUCUUGCCCAAGGCUGUGACGUUUGACAUUGAAGAGGAGACUGGCUCUGGCACCAAAAGGGAGCAAACCCAAAUGCACGGCUUUGAUCUCAUGUGAGGCUGGGAAUUGUAUUAUGUGUCUGGAAGUGAAGGUUUUUGGUUUUUUUUUUUAAUGGAAAUUUGAUUGUUUUAUUAUUAAUUUAAAUAAAUGAAUUUAUAUUGAUUGUGAGAA